AUGGAGGAGAACUCUCGACUGGGAGAAAAUUCAAAAUCCGGAUUCUCCUACCCUCCUCGGGACAAGGAUAAAGAGUCCGGGAAAAAAGAAGACCAAUCUAUUGAAAAACCUAGAAAAUACCACAACUACACUCCACUAAGAGUAUCCCUUGUAGAUGUAUACAGGGAGAUAUACAACACCGAGAAGAUCCCACCACCUCGCCCAAUCAAACACAAAAGAGGAGGGGGAAAUCGGACAGAAUACUGCGAAUACCACCGAAUUUACGGACACUCUACCAACGAGUGCUUCGACCUAAAGAAUGUCAUAGAGAAAUUAGAAAGAGAAGGGCGACUAGAUCGGUAUUUAGCCAAUAAAGCAAAUGAGCCAAGAAAAAAAAGAAGGGAUGAAGAGGACGGACAAACCGAACGCCCACCUCACACCCCUGAGAGACAUGUUCAUAUAAUAAACGGGGGAUUCGCAGGAGGAGGGAUUUCUAAAUCAGCCUGCAAAAGACACCUUAAAGAGGUAUAUCAUGUUAGAGAAGGGGACGGGUCGCUCAACCUCCCUACUAUUACCUUUACCCAGGAAGACGCAGCAGGCAUCAUCCUGGGCCACGAUGAUCCCAUGGUCAUUACUAUCAUACUCGCCAACGCUAAUCUCCACCGAACAUUGGUAGACCAAGAGAGCUCCGCAGAUAUCUUGUUCAAAACCACCUUUGACAAGCUCGGUCUACUAGAGAAAGAGCUCAAAGCAUAUCCGAACAGUUUGUUCAGACUGGGGGACACCCCAAUUCAACCGUUAGGAUAUAUCUCACUACACACAACCUUUGGAAAAGGAACUCGGUCUAGGACACUUAACAGAGACUAUAUAGUAGUCGACGUGAGCUUAGCUUAUAAUGCCCUAAUAGGUCGGACAACGCUAAACCAGUUCGCCGCAGUAGUCUCCACUCCAUAUCUAUGCAUGAAGUUCCCAACUUCCGAAGGGAUCGCCACGAUAAAAGGAGAUCAGAAGCUCGCGUGA